AUGGAGCAGCACAUCGGGUCCAAGACCAUUUCCGAAGCCGUCGGGUCGGAUCACGAAUAUAUGGAUCUCGUCAUCCAAACACUCAAAUCGGCGACAUCGCACGAGGAGAGAAUCCAAUGGCGCAACCAACUCACGUGGACAUUUGCCCGACAUGCCAUCUCCGAAGAAUUGACCUGGUAUCCGGCCAUGGAAAAGCUGUUUGGAGAAAAAGGCAUUGCCAUGGCAGAAUUAGAUCGCCAACAACAUCAAGCGAUCAAAGAAGAUUUGUACCAAAUACAAUCCAUGAAUCCCGACGACGCGAGAUUUUUCCCCUUGGUGGAGAAGCUGGAACAGGAUUUCAAAGUGCAUGUGAAGCAUGAAAAGGAGGAGGAUAUGCCAAUGUUGGAGGAGAGGUUGACGAGGAAGGAGAGUAAUGAAAUGGCCAAGUGGUGGCAGAGGACCAAAGGCAUUACGCCGACGAGAAGUCAUCCUUCGGCACCGAAUCGGCCUUAUGCGGAGAAUUUGGUGGGGUUGUUGGCUAUGCCGAUUGAUAAAGUGGGGGAUUGGGUGAGGAGUUUUCCGGAGGAUGAUCGGAUGGAGGAGGUUACGAGGACGGGCAGGGCGAUGAAGAAGAAGAAGACGAGUACGACUGAUGGGGGCAGUCAUCUUUGA